GCGCCCUUCUAUAAGGCUCCGCCGGGCCGGUCCCGCGCCUCAUCGUCCUGUCAGUGCUGCCUGCCUCAGCCGCUCUGUUAAUCGAGUCAAUCCCCUCCCAAACACUGCCAUCCUCUCCUCCUCCUCCUCCUCUUCUUCCUCCGUUCCCCCCCCCGCUCCGCUCGCCCGGCCAGCCCGGCCAUGGCGCUGAGCGAGCCCAUCCUGCCGUCCUUCGCCACCUUCGCCAGCCCGUGCCGGGAGCGCGGCUUCCAGGAGCGGUGGCCCCGCGGAGAGCCGGAGCCUAGCGGCACUGACGAAGACCUGAACAGUGUCCUGGACUUCAUCCUGUCCAUGGGGCUGGACGGGCUGGGCUCGGACUGUGCCUCGGCCGCCCCCGCCGAGACCCCCGCCACCUUCUACCCGCCGCCGCCGCCGCCGCCGCCGCCGCCGGCGGGCUGCUACCCGGAGCCCGGCCCGCCCCCGCCCGCUUACGGGACGGGCCUGAUGUCCGAGCUGCUGCGGCCGGAGCUGGAGCCGCCGCCGCCGCCGCCGCCGGCCCUGCACGGCCGCUUCGUCCUGGCCCCGUCGCCUUUCGGGCCCUUCGCCGACGGCAUCAAGCCGGAGCCGGACUCGGACAGCGCUUUUGGGGCGGCGCUGGGCCGGGGCCCGCGGGCCGUGAAGCGGGAGGGCAGCGCUUCCUGCAUGCUGGGCUACGAGGCCGGCCCGGGCCCCGACACCCCGCCGCUGAGCCCCGACGGCCGGACCCCGCUGCCCGACGGACACGCGCGCCUGACCGGCCCGCGGCCCUUCGCGGGCCCCGCCGCCUUCGGGCCCGCCGGCUUCGCCGCACCCCCGCCGCCGCCGCUGCACUACCCCGGCCCUUUCGGCCUCUUCGAGGACGGCCUGGCCCUGGCUCCCCCCGCCCCGCGCGGCCUGCUCACGCCUCCUGCCUCCCCCCUGGAGCUGCUGGAGGCCAAGCCCAAGCGCGGCCGCCGCUCCUGGCCCCGCAAGAGGACGGCCACCCACACGUGCAGCUACGCCGGUUGUGGCAAGACCUACACCAAGAGUUCGCAUCUCAAGGCCCAUCUGAGGACGCACACCGGCGAGAAGCCCUACCACUGCAACUGGGACGGCUGUGGCUGGAAGUUUGCCCGCUCGGACGAGCUGACCCGGCACUACCGCAAACACACGGGCCACCGGCCCUUCCAGUGCCACAUGUGCGACCGAGCCUUUUCCCGUUCCGAUCACCUGGCGCUGCACAUGAAGCGACAUAUGUAGUCGGGGUCUCGUCCCGGCGAUGCCUGUAGCUGGUACUACCGGGCAAAGCCUCCGGCCGGGGACUGCCAACCUCCCUCCCAGAAUGUGACUGGUAUUUAUUGGGUUGCCGUAAAGGGCUAGAGUCCAGCGGGACUGUACUUGUACAUAGCGUAUCUCCCCUCAUCCGCCCCGGACCACCGAUUAAUUAAGACAAGGUUUGUACGUGGAAACCGCCUGACGCUGCCCCCGGAUGGGACUGAGUGAAUGUCGGACCGAUCUCAGAUGGAAGGCAUGGUUUGAGAAGACUCCCUGUGCUUGACUAGUUUUGUUUUCAAAAUGGUGCAAUAAUAUUCUUGUCGUGUUCCCUCAACCAUGGACUACACUAGUAUGGGGCUUGAUGCCUUGUAAGAAAAUGCAGCCUUAAUUCUACUGCCUAAAAUGUUUUAUAUAGUGUAAAUAAUUUUGACAAAUAUUGUUAAUGUAAAUAGCAAAGACCAAUGGGUAUUUUGCCUGUUUCUGUUUUCUAUGGAAAAAAAACCAAAUGUUUUUUUAAUAAACAAAUGUUUUUUGCACUCUUUUA